GUACUUGACGUAAUUUUUGUUACUCUUUCGAAGUUUGUCUUUUUUAUCGGAAUGCAUUUUACAAUUGAAUAUUGCGCCACAAAAGUAGUACGUAAUCCGACCGCGAGGUGAUAGUUGAACAGAUUCGUCGGUUAAAUGCCUCAGUUGCAUUGCAUGUGAACCGUGCGGUGCCAGAGUGCCACUCUGCCACUGCCAGUGUCGUGUGGUCGUGUGUGAUGUAGCUUACGACGAAUGCCAGUACGUUUCACUCCAUUAUUAUUUCGAAAAUGAUGAGCAUUCCCGCGGUUCCGAAGUGAUUCAGUGCUGAAAUAUUUCAGUCCGUUUUCACGGCUGAGCCACGAUGAUCGAAUCAAUAGAGAAUCACGUCGUUGGAAAUCAGUGGUAUUAAGGUGAAACUCGAGGAAUCAUAAAAUGGCUACGAAAACAGAGGACGCAACAUCUAUUGAUAAUACCAACGAUGGAGAAAGCAUGGACAAAGAGGUAUUAGCAAUUAGUGGCACUGAUGAAACUGGUCAUCGUAUUCCACCUACAUAUUUGUACAAUACUGGUUCAGAACCAAAUACAGGAAUAUCCAAUCAAGAACACAGCAAUAGAAGUCGUAAUCAUGCCACAAACGACCAGUUAGGACCUCUGCCACCAAAUUGGGAGAAGGCUUACACAGAAACUGGAGAAGUUUAUUUCAUAGACCAUAAUACAGGCACCUCGCACUGGCUAGAUCCACGCUUAUCUAAAUUUCAAAAACGAUCUCUAGAGGAAUGCUUGGAUGAUGAAUUACCUUACGGUUGGGAGAAAAUAGAUGAUACUCUCUAUGGUACAUAUUUUAUAGACCACGUAAAUCGUAGAACCCAGUAUGAAAAUCCGGUACUGCAAGCUAAACGUGCGCAACAAGGUUUAGGAGAAAGAAAGAGUCCUAAUUUUACCAGAAAUCCUGACAAACUAAAAGGUCAGAGAAUCCGGACAACGCUAAUCAAAAGUUCACGGGGGCUGGGAUUCACUAUUGUUGGUGGGGAUGAUUCGGUAGAAGAAUUUUUACAAAUAAAAAGCGUUGUACCUAAUGGUCCGGCGUGGUUAGAUGGAAAAUUACAAACUGGAGAUGUCUUAGUGUAUGUUAACGAUACAUGCGUUUUGGGUUUCACGCAUAACGAAAUGGUAAAUGUUUUUAAAUCCAUUGGCAGUGGUGAGACUGUUACGUUAGAAGUAUGCCGUGGUUAUCCAUUACCGUUUGAUCCAAACGAUCCGAAUACGGAAGUUGUUACCACAAUUGCUGUUAAUGCACCAGACAUUUUAACAGAAGAUCCCAGGAUGUACAUGGAUCUGGAUCCUGCUCUGCAAAGCAAUGAUCGUUUCAAUUUUCUGGACUCUACAUUUUUGCCAGUGCAUAGCCUUCAAAAUGGUGAAAAUCUUGCUACAACUUCGGUCAAUUCAAUGCCAGAUCUCUGCAUAUCAGACAAAAUUAAUACGAUUAAAAGGCCCAGUAGCACGGACAUUCUUUUGUCGGAAAGCAGCGAUUUAAACGAUUGUAAAGAUUCACCGAUGUCUUCCAAACCGGAAUUUUUCAGUAUUGCAAUAGUGAAGGGAACCAUGGGCUUUGGAUUUACAAUAGCAGAUUCUGCUCACGGUCAGAAAGUAAAAAAAAUUUUAGAUCGUCAACGGUGUAAAAAUUUGAUGGAAGGUGACAUUUUAGUCAACAUAAAUGAAAUUAACGUGAGAAACAUGUGUCACUCCGAAGUAGUGCAAGUUCUGAAAGAUUGUCCUCGCAACGAAGAAGCGCUAAUACAUGUACAAAGAACAACAUCAAAGUCAAACGAAAAGAAAGAAAAGAAUUCGCAAGACUUUUUUAGAAGUAAGACGCCAACUGCUGAUAUUUACAGCACUCAAACAAAGGCUGUUGUACCCAGCCGACCAAAAACACCACUUAUAGAUACCAGAAAUCAUCCAAAAUCGCCAACAAAUGAUGCAAUUAGAUCAAAUUGGAAUGAGCAAAGUGAAAACGAACUAAAUCCACUCGAUAAUCGAUAUAAAUACGCGGAAUAUACUCAUGGCAUGUAUUAUACCGAUCCAUAUAAAGCAAAUAUUACAAAUUUAUCCGAUAAUUUUGUUGCGAUGACAAAUUUAGAUGACGAUUCUGUAAGAAAUAUUACGAAAAGAGAUUGGGUUACAAACGACAAAUUAAAUAUAAACAAUGACGUAUAUUCUAUCGAUAUACCUCAUCACGAUAACAUGUUAAAACAAAACGGAUGUUUGCAUUCAGAUUAUUAUAAAGAAUUGUAUACAUCGCAGUCUCAUUCCCAAUAUAGCGAGCAAGAUUAUAAUGUAUAUUCUAUUGGCCAAGAACAAAAUGUUGAUACCGGUGAAAUAUGGGAUAAACGGAAAGAGACUACGAGUUUCGAACACGAGCAACCACAUUCCAGUUCGAUACCACGGUAUCCUCAGUAUACCAACGAAUUAGUAUGCCCAAUUGUGCCUGAUAUAGAAUGGAUAGAAACAUUGGUAACUUUAGUGAGGCAAGAUACAGGUUUUGGAUUUAGGAUAGUAGGUGGCACGGAGGAAGGAUCUCAACAGGUCUCAGUUGGACAUAUAGUACCCGGUGGUGCAGCCGAUUUAGAUAACAGACUGAAUACAGGUGAUCUUAUUAUGUCUGUCGACGGUGAAAGUGUUAUGAAUUCGUCGCACCACCACGUUGUUCAGUUAAUGAUAGCCGCAGCUCAAAAUGGCAGGGUUACCUUAGGUAUACGCCGCAGAAUUAACACGCAAGAACAUCUUCCAGAAAACCUUCAAACUUCAUACAGUAGACAAAUGAAUCUCCAAUAUCCUUACGACGUGACAGUCACUAGAAUGGAAAAUGAAGGUUUUGGCUUCGUAAUAAUUUCUUCGGUUAACAAAGCAGGUUCAACGAUCGGUAGAAUAAUCGAAGGUUCGCCCGCGGAAAGAUGCGGACGAUUAAAUGUCGGAGAUCAUAUUCUUGCUGUUAAUCAUGUAGAUAUUACAAAUGUCUGUCACAAGGACAUUGUAAAUUUAAUUAAAGACUCUGGGUAUUCUGUUACAUUGACGAUCGGUUAUCCUCUUGAUGAUUGUUGCAGUAAUACUUCUCUUUCCCAAAAGGAUGAACCAACGUGUGACGGAGAUGGUGGCCAGUACCAUGCUGUAGAAUUAACUCGCGGAACUCGAGGAUUUGGCUUUAGUAUUCGCGGAGGACGUGAAUUUCAAAAUAUGCCGUUAUUUGUUUUACAAAUUGCGGAAAAUGGUCCUGCAUCUAUCGAUAAUCGAUUAAGGGUGGGAGAUCAAAUAAUUGAAAUAAAUGGAAUCAAUACUAAGAAUAUGACACACACAGAGGCCAUUGAAAUUAUACGAAACGGUGGGCCAUCCGUCCGACUUUUAGUUCGACGUGGUUGUCAAAUGCCUUCAGUGAGUAAUCUCACAAUCGACCAAAUAAGUAUUCAACCGAUUGAUGAGGGCACCCCACGCCGACAUUUAUUGAAAUUACACGAGAUGGGUGUGCACCCUAAAAAACGUCAGAAAGUUCGAUUUUUCAUUUUACUAAACUGCUGUUCAUCCAAAAAUAGAUAUUUAUGAUAAACGUAUAUACCAUAAACGACAAUUAUAUUUUGGUCGUGUCUACGUUAUUAGUUCGAUAAGUUGAUGUUUUAAUAUUAACUUUUGGGAACAGAAUCUCCUCAAGAUUGUUUACCGUAUAUUCGGUGACUUUAAAUUUUUAAAUUGUGAAUUUACAAUAGAGUUAAUUGUGCAAAACGUCUGGCUGUAAAGAUAUGUGAGAUGUCAAUGGAGUAUAAUCUAUUUGUACUAGCAAAUAGUAUCGAUACUCGUGUACCACAUAGAAGUCAGUUAUUUUAGUAUUUAUAUAGGGAACCAAUUUUGCACUGAUAAUUUUCUGAAUAAGAGAAAUUUUAGACUGUUAAGAUAUUAACUACAUUUAAUGUUUUCACAUUCUCUUUCGUAAACGUAUACAUUUAAAUAUUCAUCCUAUAACAUUAUCGUGGCCUUGAUCGUGAAUUUAAAUACUUUCCAGCAUGAACGAACUGUUUUAUAUUUUCAGCAGAAUUUUCAAAUGAAUACUGUCGAUAUUGUUUUAAGUAUUUAUUAUGACUGUACGAAAUAUGUAUGUGUAGCAAUAAUUAAAUUAAGCACUGAUACAACCAAAGAAGCAUAUGCACUCAUCGAUCGCUUUGUUUUGAAGCGCAAUGCAGAUCAAUGUAAACUGCAUUAUCUAUUUAACGUAUUCUUUUUAAACGUUGCUUCUUUCUUUCCGAGUACCUGGUAGCAUUUGUAAUAAACAAAUGGCGACCGAGGUAACAUCCUGGAUUAGCUUGUGAGAUCAGAAAAAAUCUUUUAUUAUCGAAACAGCCUCUUCCUGUCUUUUUGCGAUAAUUAGAUACAUUGAAUGUUUAAAAACUAAUAAAUAUAUUUUUUUACUAGUAAGUUCAUAAUGACUAGGAAAAGAAAUGUUGUUUGGUAAAAGAAAUAAGUAAGAGUGGAUUAGAUUAUAUUUUUAAAUCUCAUUAAUGUAAAGAAAGACCAGCGUUUAUCGAACUUGAAAAUAGCCGCAUAAAAACGUCAUUGUUCAUUAUUUGCUUGAAUAAGGGACUUUACUAUACACCAUAUAAAUGAUAAGCAAUUGUAAUUGCAUUUAAAGAGGAUCAUACUUUAAUCUAUACUGUAGUUAUUGUGUUUAUUUUUUAUAAUUAUAUAUGUAUACAUAUACAAAAUUUGUAUAUUAUGUAGGAUAUCAUAAAUAAUUUCAGAAUAAUUGUAAAUACAUACAUAUAUAUAUAUAUAUACCUUUUUUAAAAUUAUACGAUAUUACUAUUAAUAAUUCUAAGCUUUGCGGAAGAAGCAAUAAUUUUUCAAUUGAAAUGUAUUGACAGUUCUUGUAAUUGCAUAUUAAAAAAAUAACUCCAUGUCUUCUACAUUAAUACUAUGAUAUUGUUUCUUGCCAAGGUAUGUUAUAUGCAUUUACAGAAAGUAUUUUCUGAAAUUCCUGGUCAGAACUAUUUUGGCACUGAACAUUCUACAGCAUUUCGUCACUGCCUCAUCGUUUUGUAAUUAUAAUUCAUCGAUUACAAUGGUACGAAUAAAUUCUGAAACAUUGAUGUUGUUACGACAAUUUUAUUAUAUUUAUUAUAUCACUGUU